AUGCUGCCUGAACUCGCAUUUAUGCGGGACUCUUUUCUUGCCGUGUCUCGCGUUCUGCGGCUGCAAUCUCGGAUGGCGUUUCUACUUGCACCUCUCCGAGGGUUUGAGUUGGGGGCUUUCGCGCCGGCGUCCCUCUGGGAUUGCACGUGCGCAUUGCCCGUUCUGCUGCUGCUCGCCUUCUCGCCGGUGGUAACCACCGCUGACGUGGCGGAUCCAUUGCAAUUAAUCAGUGACCGUCAACACCAGUCGACGCUGAGGUGGCGCGAGACACAUCUCUUGACACGUGGAAAGUCUGCACAUCCGUGCACCCUCCCCAACAGACCAAUGCUCAAUGCUCUAGCAUGCAGGGCUGUUGGAGAUCAGCAGCAGUUUCGCCUUCCUCCAGCCCACAGAUCCUCUCCCACGAGUGAAAGCCCGUUCACGUGGCCCUUACCUCCCGCGCUAGAUUUACCGCCCACUGACGAGUUUCUUCCCGACGAGGCUUCUCCGUGCUGGAUUUGGGCUCAGCAGCAGCCAUCAAUCCCCGCCGCAGUUUCCGCCGCGACGGCCGCUGCCGCGCAGUCUGGCUCAGCGCCAGCCAUGGCGACUGCAGUAGCGACACAAGCCACGUGGGAGACCACUCCCGCCGCCAACUGCGGCGCAGCUAAUGGGUUCCGACCUACCGCAGACGCUGCCGUGCCCGCCGCCUCCGCCUCCCACUGCGCUUCUUCCGGAGUAAGCUUCCCCGCAACCCCCGCUUCCCCUUCGUCCGCAUCCGCUCCUGCCGCCACCACUACCCUUCCGCCACCCGCUUCCGCCGGCUCCGCCGUCCCCGCGCCGUCCCCGCCGUCCCUCCCCGUGGCGCAACUGGAAGAGCUCCUUCUCGACGACUGCGGAGUCCUCGAGAUCUCCAUCCCGCAGCGCCGCUUCCCCUCAUCCUUUCCCCCAUCCUUCCUCUCAUCCGCGGCCACGGGGAGCCUCGCGUCAACCCUCCCCACCGCGGGGACCCUCCCCUCCGCGGGGACCCCCUCCGCCGCAACUCCCGCGGAUCUGCGCGAGCAGGGGUUGAACCUCUUCGCCAGCCUCCUUCCGCUUCUCUACACUCCGCGCUGCGCCGCCACCGCCGCCAUCGCCGCUUCCCCCGCGGGGGAGAAGCUCAAGCGCGCGCUCGCGUCGUCUCCGGCGGCUGCCGGCAUGUUCGAGGCUUUCGCCAACCGGCCGCAACCGUCCCCCGCGCCGCUCGCGUCGCCGAUGCUUUUUGAGCAGUUUCAGCAGCAGAUGCAGCAAUGGCCCGCGCCGCAGGUGGAGCAACAGGAGCAGUCCGAGCCGCAGGUGUCGGAGUCGAUCGCCGCGCCGCAGACCGACGAGGAUAUGGACGAGGCGCUUCCGGAAAUCGAGAGCCCGAACAGCGUCGACGUGACCUCGCCGCACCGCGACUUUGACGACAGCGGCCUUGACGAGCCGCCGAGUUCCGCCGCAGCCGCCGCCGCCGCCGCUACCGGCCCUGCCGCCGCUGUCCCCGCUCCGGCCUCCGUCGCUCCCGUCCCGUUCGCCCCCGCCAAUCCGACCGUUGAGAACGCUGCCGCUUCCGCCUCUGUCCCUCUCGACGCUCCCGCCGCUACAAUCGCCGCGAAACUUGAACCGGUUUCCACGGAGGAGGCGGGAACAGCAGCGGCUUCUCCGGCGGCGCCUGCUGCCGAGCCGCUGGAUGACGGUUACUUUUGGCGCAAGUACGGGCAGAAGGCGGCGAAGGGCGCGGCGUAUCCGCGCGCGUAUUUCCGCUGCGCCGUUCCCCGCUGCCCGGCUAAAAAGACGGUCGAGCGUUCGUCCGAAGACGGCAGCACGAUGGAGAUCGUUUACCGCGAGGAGCACAACCAUCCACGUGGCACUCUCCCCGGCCGCCGCGCGUCCCCCGCGUCGCAGGGCGGGGCGGGAGGGGCGCGCGUUUUAGUGACUGAGGAUAUGGGCGGGUUUGGCAGCGGCGGAAGCGGAAUCCCGCCUUCCCCGGUCAAGCCGCAUCAGGCGCAGCCACAGCAGCAGCAGGCGCAGAACCAGGUUCCUUCCGCCGCUUCCCCCGCCUUCCCCGCAUCCGCGGAUCCCGCCGCCGCAUCCGCCGCAGCGGGGCUCGCGCUGCUGGAGAGUCUGAGCACGGAGGAUCUCGCGCGCCUCGUCUCCGCGCUCUCCUCCGACGCGAUGGCCGCCGCCACCGCUGUGCUCGAAGCGGCGGUGUAUUCUCCCGCCGAUCUCGCGGCCGCUGCUGUGAACGCCACCGCUGUUGUUACCGCCGCGACCGCCGCUGCUGAGGUGGCGCGCGGGCAUAUGAUCCGAUCCGCGUCGGACAAGGGAGCUCCGGAAGCAGCGGCAGGUUUGGCAGCAGGCUCGGCAGACGCUGGCGCGGUUCUUUUCCGGUCCGUAUCGGCUCCUAAGGAGGAGUGCGAUGAUCAAUCCUCCUCCGGGAAUACCGGCGGAAUUGCAGGAUUCUCUAGCGGUGCCCUUGCUGCUGUAGCUGCUCUCACGCGCGGAUCGUCCUUAGCCGUCGAACCGUCAACUUGCAGCACGGGAAGCGCCGGUAGCACGGGUAGCCGUCAAAAGCGCCGGUCGAUGGAAGAAAUUGACACCACGUUCAGCCCAUCUUCCCCGAGCCUUCACUCUGCGAAAGACGGACAAACGGUUACGAUGACGGUUGUGCAGGUGGAGGGAACCGGCCGGGAUGUGGUUGGCGACGUGGAGGAUGGUUACCGCUGGCGAAAGUACGGUCAGAAGGCGAUAAAAGCGAGUCCUUACGAAAGAAGUUAUUUCAGGUGUAGCAAGGAUGGUUGCGGAGCGAGGCGAGUUAUCGAACGCUGCCCGGAACAACCUGAAGAUGAGAGUGUAGCUGCGACUCACACGAAUCUGCUUGUGACUUAUAUCGGGGUGCAUUCUCACGCGCGGCCGUUCCGAGCCAAGGUUAUCUACAAGCCGGUUUCGGACGCUUCACAGGAACCUCCCUCGGAGGAGAAACCCUCUGCUGACGUGGCUCAAACGGGUCUGACCGAGGCUGAAGCAGGGGGAAAUGCUGACGCGAGUGGAGAUGCUACGUGGGUUGCUGGUGGUUCGGGCGCUGCUGCAGACAUGCAGAUGGCGAUGCCGCAUCUCAGGGAUUUGAAGAUCGAAGAUUUUGGUGACCUGCCCACGCUGUGGUGA